AUCUCGAGUUUUUGGAAAAGGGGAGCAGAAGGAUCUAGUCGUUUUGAAAAUGUGGCAGUUCUAACAAACUUUUCUGAACAAGAUAAAUACUAUGGAGAAGUGUGCCAAAGGUGUGUGUGAGCUGAAGACAAUGGCAAAGUGGGCAGCCAUCUGUGUGUUGUUGGCUGGGGCACUUCUGUUGUAUCAUGACCCAUUUCUACUACUCUGGUGGCCGCUGAAACCUGCUGAGGGGAGUAGGGCUCUCCCUCUGGAUAUGGCGACAGAAUCCAUUGAUGACAUGUACGACGGUUGCCAGUCUGAAACAGCCUCUGUGAUUGACCUGUUUGGCGUGUUCGAGUGGCACUACAACAGAAACUUCAGUUCCGCUUGGGCUUUGGCUGAGAAGCCUGCAAAGAAACCUGUGCACACGCAGCUGAAAGAAGAGCACGCUGUAGUGAUGUACAUGUACACAAAAAUUAAGUAUAUACAACAGUAUUUCAACCAAGAAGUGAAAACAGGGAAACACAUGUACAGCACAUAUAGAUUUAAGUUCCACUAUUUCUAUUUCUUCCUAACUGACGCUAUUCAGCUACUGCGUCACAAUCAGACAUCGUGCACAACCACCUAUCUCAGGACGCAGAAAGUCUUUGACCGCAACGUCAUCAACACAAACGUACGAUUUGGUGCUUUCACCUUGGCAGCUUCGAGCAAGGGGUCAUUUGCAUUUAAUGGUGAUGUUUCUUGUUUUGAGAUCUACUCCUGCUUUGGUGCUGAUAUUACAUACUACUCUGCCCUAAAGCAGUUGGGACAGGUGCUAAUUCCUCCCUAUGAGGUCUUUAAAAUCACUCAUGUCCUGACAAAUGAGCCCUGGUGCAGUGUGGUCUACAAGCUGCAAAGCACCACAACACCAAGGACAGAUUUAAAUUGUAAAUUACAUCAAAAAGACAUGAAAACAUAUUUUGGUGCCAUUUUAGCAAACUGGCAAAAAAGCAGUGUUGGGAUGAUGUCAGUGUACAUAAUAUUGAUAAUUUUUGUAUCUUUAAUCCUUGUAGCGCAAGGGCACAAGUGUUUUGUGGCCGUAGUGCUCGGUGCUCUGCUGGUGCUGAUAAUUAUCCAAGAGUUAGCCAAUGAUCAAAGAAGGAUAAUGGCAUCUACAGGUACAUCUCAAAAAUUUUAAUGUUGUGAAAAAGUUCAAUAUAUUUUGUCAAUCAUUUCAGAAAGUGAAACUUGUACAUUAUAUAGAUAGAAAUAUUUUAAGCCUGUAUUUCUUGUAAUUUUAAUGAUUAUGGCUUAAAGAUAAUGAAAACACAAAACUCAGUGUCUCAGCAAAUUAGAAUAUUACAUAAGACCAAUUUAAAAAAGGUAUAUUUUAAACAAAUGUCAUGGUUCUGAAAAGUAUGUUAAUUUCUAUACAUUCAAUACUUGGUUGGGCCUCCUUUUGCAUGAAUUACUGAAUUAAUACGACAUGGCAUGGAGGAGAUCAGCCUAUGGCACCAUGUUGCUUUGAUAUCGUCCUUCAGGUCAUCUGCGUCUGGUGUCUCUCACCUUCAUCUUGACAACAGCCCAUAGACUCCUAUGGGGUUCAGGUCAGCUGAGUUUGCUGGCCAGUCAAGCACAUUAACACCAUGGUCAUUAAACCAGCUUUUGGUACCUUUGCCAGUUUGGGCAGGUACCAGGUCCUGCUGGAAAAUGAAAUCAGCAUAUCCAAAGAGCUUGUGGAAGCACGAAAUGCUCUAAAAUGUCCUGGUAGAAGGCUGCGCUGGCUGCGAACACAGUGGACCAACAGCAGCAGAAGAAAUGGCCCAAAAUCACCACUGAUGGACUCCAAUAUUGAACUUUUUCACAAUAUUCUGAUUUUCUGAGACACUGAGUUUUGGGUUUCAUUAUAAGCCAGAAUCAUCAAAAUGACAAGAAAAACAGGCCUGAAAUAUUUUGCUCUAUGUGUAAUGAAUCUAUAUAAAAUUGUAUGAGUUUCACUUUCUGAAAUGAUUGACAAAAAGUCUUGAACUUUUUCAUGAUAUUCUAUUUUUUUUUUUUUUUUAGAUGUACAUGUCAACUGACAUCUAAAUUAGUAAUGUCCCUGAAGCAACUCCUAUCUGAUUGUUACAUAUCCACCAGAAGACUUUAAAACAAUCAUUGUUUAUUGUUAACAUUUGCAGCUAGACUAAUUCAAAGUUAAACUAUAUGUUUUAUAGGGUCAUUUUAAGUUGGAAAACAAAGUUGUUGGGUUUUUUUUGGAAGGCAUUUAAUGCUUUAUUUGUGUGAUGGUCAUAGAAAGAGACAAAGUGGAAGACAUGUAGUAAAAUGCCCUGAGCUGGAUUUGAACCUGGGCCCAGCGUCACAGGGACUCAAAGUAUUUUUACCUCACUUUCAAAAGUAUCCACGAACAGGUAAAAGAAAUGUGGUUGUUAUUGUAUUGAAUAUAAUAAUGUAUCUAUUGGCAAAAAUGUAUGUGUUAUUCAUGCUUUUUAAAAAAUAAAUUUAAUUAAUGAACAACA